AUGAAGGCGCGCCGAGAGCGAGUUGCGGCGGCUUUGCAGUCCCCGAGGUGGAUCUCGCAGAUGGCGCGGUUGAUCAUUACGGAUAACACCAAAGGGGCGUCGCCCGUGUCCUCCGCGAUCUUCAGGGCAGUUUUCAAUUUUCCCCGAUCUGCGUGUCGGAAGCCUGUCCCCGGUGGUGUAGCCCUCGGCUUUUCCUGGUCUAGCUGUCCUCGCCACCCUACCCCGCGUCCCGCCUCUCUCCCCUCCCUCAACCCCACCACCCAAAGCUUGUCAACCAUGGCCACCGAGGACAAGCUGAACGACUACGACUUCACCGGCACUGACGCCGGUGCGUCGCACACCAUCCCCUCGGAAGCCGGCCAGAUCCGCAAGGGUGGCUACAUCGUCAUCAAGGGGCACCCCUGCAAGGUGGUUAACGUGUCCACCUCUAAGACCGGAAAGCACGGCCACGCCAAGGCUAACUUCACGGCCACGGACAUCUUCACCGGCAAGAAGCUCGAGGACGUCAUCCCCUCCACGCACACCACCUCCGUGCCCGUGGUCAGCCGUAACGAGUACCAGCUGCUCGACAUCUCCGACGACGGGUUCUGCUCGCUCCUUACCGAGGAGGGCGACACCAAGGACGACCUGCAGCUGCCCACCUACCCCGAAGGUUUCGGAAACGAGAUCAAGGCCAAGUUCGAGGAGGGAUUGACCCUGUGCGUGACCGUCAUGGCCGCCAUGGGCCACGAGCAGAUUGUCACCUACAAGGAGGAGUCCGGCUAAGACGUGACUUGACUUGACUUGACGCGGUGUGACAGCUCACGAGAGAGGGAGAUGAGGAAUAAGGAGACUCAACCCGGCUUUUUCGUCAACACAGGAAGGAGGACACGUUUUUAACUGGUACAUUUGCUGUUGCGGCUGCGCCAGUGCCGAUCGCAAAAAGGAAAAGAGGAAGAAAAAAAAAGGUUUAUUAGAGGAGGUUGUGGUAAACGACUGGGGAGAAAAAAAAUGAACAGGCGGGCGGCUGGACGCCACACCUCUUUUGAGGCUUCGCGGCGACGUGUCCUGCCCACGUGGGCGCCACCGGCGCGGUUUGCUGCUGUGCUGUUCCCGAGAAAAAGUCUGGCCGAAACCGAAGGGGGGGUAGGGGGAAGCCGUUUUGCUGAGUUGUGCUGGCCUUCGCUUGUGUUUUUUUUUGUUAUUUACGCAGCAUGUGUCGGUCGGCUGGGUGGGUGUCGGAGGUGGUGUUGGUGUUUUGUGGCGUGCUACGGGGGUGAUACGAUAUGGGAGUUGUGGCGGGGGGACCACGGGGCGGCUAGGGAGGGGGAGGGGUGCCAGCGAAAGGCGACGAAAAACUGCGUCGCUCAUAGGAAGAUGGCGAUAUGAUGGGAUGGCAGAAGGAAGAAGCAAGGUUUGCAUCGUUGAAUUGGAUUGGCGGGAAGCCGUUUGCUUAUCGUUUGGGCCCCCUCGCCUUUGUUCGGCUCGAAUCUCUCUCACGGAAAGAUAACUUUUUUUUUGUGUCAAAUAGAAUCGGAUCGGUCCCUCCUUUUGUGUAAUGGCCCAAAAGAGGGAGAACAGAAGGGCCAAUGUACUACUGUGCUGGGUCUCGAUCGCGUGCGCCCCUGGGCGCGCUCGGCUUGACGUGGGAGGGCCCCGGGGCGUGUUGUGGUGGUGCAUGAGAUGAUAGGGGGGAGAGCACGAUUUUGUGGUAUACAGUCGAUUUCGGGGCAAGGAAGCAACAGGCAGAAAGCAUGCUGUACUUUUCGAGGGUAAAAAAAAGAGUGGAAUACAGUGCACGUCUUGCAUGGUUGUGAUAAUAGAUGGAGAAGAGACAUUAGGGUGGCGUGGCAGGAAUACUCGACGUUACAGCUCGAAAGGCCUUGGGUGUGCACGGGAGGAACCUACACAAAGAGUGUCUCGCGUUGCUUGGUGGGAGUCACGCACCAGCUCGAAAGAGGAGAGUUGAUGUGGGGGGCGACGAACACAAAAAGAGUGGCUGUGACAGACGUUCAAUGGCACACGGAAAAGACGUGCUGCGUGUACCGUAUGUCCUUUUCCUCUCCCCCACCCCCCCACCCCCCCGCUUGCGCGCUGCUGCACGCCUCACGUGACGUGAAACGGUAGCAGUUGGCCCCUUUCUUGCAUUUUAUAUGCGUGUUUUGGUACGAUUUGAUUGUUUUCGACAUCCGGACCGCUCACUAAGCCGCCGACUGAAAUUGAAGGCCACAGCGGGGUAGACAUGCCCGGGAACGACAUUACCUCCGGGCCUUCCCCUAGUUUUUGAGGGGGCGUUUGGCCUCUGCUUCCCCCUGAGGGGAGGUGCACUUCUACUGGAAGAGUUGGGUAAAGAAAGUGUUGUGUUCAUAGCCGGCACCGCGUUCUUGUUUGUGAAGGAGGAGAAAAGGGAUGAGGCGGUUCAGGAGCGGACGGAGACCAGCGCGUGUUUUGGGUAUCCCGGGCCGUGGAGCAGGGGGAGAGACGGUAAUUUUUUCGUUGACCGCCUGAUAUAACAAGAAUCAGAGCCCCCCCCCCAAGAUAUCCACGGCAUACAUGAAAAACGAGUUAGUUCUCCGUGGUGUCCGGUGACUUGCUCGUGUCAUACAUGGCUUGCCAGUUGUGCUACCCCCCUCUCCCCCCGCAACGUGUAGUCGGUUCGCUGUGUGCUCCUCAAAGCAAAAAUUUUGCCCAUGAGUGGUCUGGGGUGUACAGGGGAGCUCCUGAGAUUUUGACGGUACCCGGCCAGGGGGUUUGGGUGGCGGUGGGGAUGGUGCAGGAAAGGCCUGGCCAACGGUUUCGCCAAAGGGGGAGAGAGGUAAAACGUUUUGCUGUGUGAUCAGAGGCACGCUUAUCUACAGGGUGCCAGUCGACGGUGGGUGAAGAGUGGGAGAGGCGCCAGAGAAGUCUGCCUCUGUCGGACUCGUUGGCGGUUUUACCGCCUUGGUCUGCUACAAAAAUGCGACUCGCCGCCGAAGCACCAUUUUUCACGCCGUGCUUCCUGAGGGAGCUCCGGCUUGCUUUCUAUUGUGGGCUUUGGGCGGGGGAGGGGGGAGUUGUUGUCCAAUUUCGGUUCUGUUGGAGGUGAUUCCCUCGAUUUUUUCCUUGUGGCUCCCCCUUGCGUUGUUUGUCGUGCCUUAAUUUUGUUUUCGAUGUCACCAUAUUUCGUUUUCCAUGUCAUCGCUAAGGUUUUGGUUACUUUCGACUUUGCUGCUUACGACACGACGCGUUGUGUGGUACGUGUACACAACUCCUCGCCGUGUAGCGUUCCUUGCCUCCCUGUGCGCAACAAGAGGUUUCGCGGGCGGCCGGGGUGGGGGAGGGCUCGUACUUUUACAUGAACGAGAAUAGGCUUGUACUGUAGUGCCGCUUUUGGCAAACCGACGCGUGAUGGAGCAAGACGGGGCGCGGAGAUGGUGGUGUCUAAGGAUGGGGUAACGUCUGGUAGGAUGACACUUUGAUACAAAAGAGUGUUGGCGGGGAUGUCUCUGUUUGUUCGUGUUGGGCACAUUCUUUGUGCUCUUGUUCCUUGUUUCGGAGCUAAGGGGUCAACGAGGGAGGGGCACGAGAGAGAUGGGUAGUGCUGGGUUGAGGGCGGGUUCAGAGAUAACGUACGUUAGUUGUCUUGUGCACCUUGCUUGUCCGGCUGUUCGCGUGCGGUGAGGGAGAAGGUGGGCGCGAGAACCUCGUCGUGCAUUCAUCGAUUGUGAGGUUUGGUCGUUGUUGUUACGGCUCAACGCGCCAUGUCUCGUAAGUCAGGAGUCUACUACGUACAAGAAGCGUGCGGGGGGAAACGAAGCUUUGAUUCCUAUUUCAUUCCACCCAAACAUGGUCUUUCUCUCUUAUCAUCCCAUUAAUUAUACGAUGACGUGAACGACAGAAGCAGU